AUGAACGGUCGUCUCCGCUCCAGUGUCGCUGAGCAGCCAGCCAGCGACAUCUCGGGACGCAACCCGAGCCGUAGCAAUCAUCCACCACCACUCCCUCUACCCGACCGACUCGCCCAGCCAUCCAGCAGCCGUCAGUCACCCGCAGACUGGGGCUACUCGUCGCCCUCCAACUACCCAACGCCUUCGCCCGGUCCCAACGACUUCGACUACGAAGAACGCCCAGAGUCUUCAGCACAGGCCGCCGCACGGUUCGCCGCUGCCACCACGGCUCGUGCGCAAGAUUCAUCCCUGGAUCCCACUCACCAACAACUCACGCACGACACCUUUGGCCGCACCUCGGGUCACAGCGCCAUCAGCGACAACCACACUUCUUCCUCAGCUCGUCGCAAGACCAGCCCCACAGAGCGCAGCGCCUUUGGCUAUCUCGCUUCCAGCUGGAUCCAGCCUUCCUCCUCCCUCCACAGUGACGAAAUCACGGAAUACCUCAGCCAAGCAUCCGCGCCCCCUCCUCCUCCUCCGCCUCGUCAGCGCCUCAUCGAUGCGCUCGAAAAGCAGCUCAACUUCACCCCCUCUCCAACGCCAACCACCGCCUCCAGCAGCCUCGACGAGCAAGACAUGUGGAGACCGCCAAUCCAUUCCGAUUUACAACCACUCUCAGACACUGCCGAUCGCACCUUUGGCACCCCAUCCCGCCAGCAGAGCCACACCACCACCGCAAGCGCAGACAGCCGUCCACCCAACGACACCGCCCAUUCCGAGACCACCUCCAGUCGCGGCACAGACCCAUCCCGCGACGUCGCUUACGGCGUAGGCGAGGCCGGAGGCGAUCAGCAGUUCAACGUGCUCACAAGGACCCUCACGCCCAGCCAGCAGCGUCAGCAGCAGGAACUCGACCGCAUGAACCAGCAACGCACCCUCGUCACAUCCCCACCCGCAACUUCGUCUGCGAUAGACUCCCGCACCACUUCUCCCCUCACCGGCAAGGCAGCUCUGCGCGCUUCUCAUCAAUCCAACACCACCGUCACAGGCGUCACCAAUACCACCGGCAGCCUUGCAUCCUCCUCCACCCCAAGGCACGACCUCAGACUCAGUCGGCAGACCCAGGAUACCCUCUCUCCCGCAGCUUUGCGCCCUCUCUCGUUACCGGAACAAGACGACUCACCCCCUCAUGCCACAUCACAUCCGCCUCUCUUUGCCGGCAAGGGCUCGCACGACUCCAUCGAUGCGCUCAACGAUCAAGCUGCGCCUAAGCCCGCCGACCUCAAUGCACCCACGCGCUCCGCGUCAGUGCGCGCAAAGACCCCCGUCUUUGGCAACACCAUGUCAGAGCUUCCACCAAGUCAGCGCAAGUCGCUUGUCGGCGCGCUCCACCAUCAAGCCGCAGCUCCCUAUGCCUCGGACUCGCAACACGACGUGCAGAAUCUGCAACAGCAGAAUCAGCCCGCAUAUGCUGCGCCAAACGACCAACAGUGGCAGUCAGACCAACAACAGCGGGGAUACUACAUGUACCAGGAUCCGGCGGACCAGAAAGCGAACCACGCGGACCACCGCCAUGCCUUUGCAGACCACAACGGCCACCUUCUACGAGACGAUGCCGUGCGCGAUCCCCACGUGCCUCACCUCGGCGAUGCCUACUCCCUCGCCCCCAAGCUGCCCCCGCCUCCUUACUCGAUGUACCGCGCACAGCUGCAUCUCCCUUCCCGCUGGGCCAGGGUGCAUCACACCAUCCUGCCCCUCCUCACCUACGCCUACAUUCCCGCCACGCUGUUUCUCGACUACAACGUCAUCUUUGCCGUCGUCCAGAUCGCACUUCAUCCAGACACCUUCCAGACCGGGACCAGAACGGCGUGGUGGAUUGCCGCCGGCAUCUACGCUGGCUGCGUGCUCGCAUGGCUCGUCGGCGUCGUGCUCAUCUACGAGACGCUCUGGAGCUUCCGCAGACGCUGGACUGUCCCCCAACCCCUCGCCAUGCCCAUCUACCUGUCCUCCCCCGCCUUUGUUCGAACGGCCAUCAAGGACUACUCGCUCUACAGCUUGCUCUAUCGCGCGCGCUCUACCAGCGGCCGCCGCGACGCGCUCAUCGAGUCCUUCUGGUACUACUCGCAGAACUGGCCCACCGUGCUGACGCUCCUGCCUCGGGGCGUCAUUGCAGCGAUCGUGCUCGUGCUCUACAAGCCCGCCGGUCCCGCUCGUCCCACGCAGAGCCAACGCGACUCCGUCUACUUUGACCAGGCCACGCAAAGGCUCACGCAGUUCGCCUUCGUCAUCAUCACCAUUCAGGCCGCCUGGGUCGCCUGGAAGCUCGCCGUGCUGCUCAUCGCCAACAUCGGCCUGGCGGCUACGAUCGGUCCCAAGAGCUUGGUGCAGCAGGAGAAGCUGCGCAACGAGAUGGCCGAUACCGAGAUGACUAGUUUCGCCGCUCACAGCCGCCGCGGUCUUGUCGCACGCCACUUCGGCUCCCAGCCAGCACCCACGCAGGGCUGGAGCGACGCCGAGGACCGGCUCGAGCAAGCGGCUCAGCGGCCUUGGGCUUGGCGAUGGCGCGCCGAAGACCGCAUCCGCGCCAUUCUAUUCGACGCUGGCCUGCUGCAUCAGCCUAUGCAAGACUGGCAUAACGAUCGCCCACACGAAGUCGCUCGUCUUAAUGAAGACGCAGCAGGGCACAACCACGGAGCUGUGCCGUACGACCAGAGCCAUGGCGCAGGUGCCUACGGCCCGCAAACGGGAGAACGCGACUGGUUCGGCCCAGGCCUCACCUUCUCCGAGUCGCAGACCGGAUUGGCGCUCACAUCGCCCGAAGCCGUGCAGCCCGAGACGUGGGCGGCUGCUCAGGCGGGCGGUGCACCCCUCAGCGUGGUCACUGCCGCCCCACAGGAGCAGCAAGGCUUCCACGUGCAGCACCACGAAUCAUCGCCCUCCGACGAAGGCCGCCGCAGCGACGCCAGCGAUCCCUACUCGCCCGCACCGCUGCCCAUCGGCCGAAGCCCGCGUUCCAAGGAGCAGUUGCGCGACGCUUCGUCCAUCUCCUCACUCAACCGACUCGCCGCGCUCAAUUCGGCACACUCUGGCUCGCACGACUCUCCGCUUGCGGCUGCCGACAGCUCGCCCCACGUCUCGUCCCACCAGAGCCAUGACGAUGCAUACAGAACGGCUGCUGACGUCUUCACUCGACCGAGCCACGCCCAAGCCGAGCCGGCUUCCAGGCUUGCUCCACUCGGCAUGCAAGACACCGAGGAAUCCAGCGUGCCUGCUGCUGCGCCUCAGGUGCCGAUGCAGACGUCCGACGACUCGGCCAUGCUUGGAGAGUGGCGCGGGCGCAAGCGGCCUCGAAGCUCGCCGGUGCCCGCCAACUAUGCCACGCUCAAUCCGCACGGCAUGGUGACCGAGACCGAAGACUGGCUGCGCGGCCAGAUCGACGAGGAGGACGAGGAUGACGGGCCUGCCGAAAGCGACUUGCGCGACGCAGCAAAGCAUGGCGGACCCAAGUUGGGCGAUAACGAUCGACGCGUCAUGCAGGCGUUCGUGCCUCCGCUCGGGUCCUUUGCCAUGUACAAGGAUCCGUCUCUGGCCGGUUCGCCCGAUCAAGGCGGCAGCGACACCAAGCACGGCUCGUGGACAGCGGCCGCACCGAAUCCCGAGUUGUUUGCUCAGAGGCCCGAGGAUGCGGCGUCCAAGACGACGCUGCCACUGCGGGUCCAUGCGGAUGCGAAGAACGGGUCGACAACCUCGCUGGGCUCGUCGCUCAAGGGCGGGCGCUCGGGCACGUACUCGAGGCCGCGCUCCUCGGGACACGGCCACGAGGCCUCCUCCGAGGACGGCGUCAGUUUCGACGGUGCCGAGGCGAAGAAGCGCGGGCGCAACUCGUUGCUCGGCCGCAUGACCAACGCGUCGCCGUCCGAGACGAGCAAAAGGAGCGGCAGCGCCGGUCGGGCCGAGGGCGAGUCGUGGAUCACGUCGCUGUUUGGCAUGCGCGGCGGCUCGCGCAAAGUUUCAGCCGCCGGUUCCACCUCGUCGCUCAAGGGCAGUGCAGCAGGCGACACGUCUCUGCCGAACUCGGACGGGCAUGUCGAAGGUGUACCUACGCUCAUCACCACGUCGGCAUCGACGACGCUCCCGACCACCGACAGUGGCGAUGCUCAGGCAGCAUCGUUGGCAAACGAGGACGAUGCGCGUGGGUCGUUGCUCAUGGCUCCGCUGGGUCAGUAUGCCAACGACACGGGCAGAUCGGUCUCUCCGUCGGGCAGCAACCACUCCAAGGCGUCUGUGGGCAGCGACGACUCGGAAGAGCGCCGUCUAUGGGCCUCGUUCCCGGACCAGAGCCGACGCCACCCGCCGGGUCUUAUCGCGCUGGACCUCGAGCAGCGCGCUUCGACGAGUGCGCCCGUGAACCUGUCGCCGCUCAUGCAUCCCAACGUGCUAGCGGCGAUCGGAGGUGCUUCGCCCCUCGGACUGCCUGCUGUGCUGGGAGGCGUGGGGCAGCUCUCGGUGAGCCCGUCCGAGGGAGGCCUGCAUGCGAUCCGCGAGGAGAGCUGGACGUCGUCGCUCGAUUCGAGAUCGCAGGGCGCUACGGGAAGCACGAGGAGCAGAGGCACUGCCAGCGCGUUUACCACCUCGCCCGUCGAUGCCGACUUCCCAUUGGAGCAGAUCCAAGAGGUGCCGGUCCCGCAUACGGGCUCCUCCUCGCAUGCUCGACGUGGAUCGACUUGA